AUGUCGUGUUCUAUGGACUCUCAAUUGGCGUAUAACUGCAAUACCGGGCAGUUUGUUUUGUUAUUGUUGGUAAAUCAAGGUGAAAGUAGUUUGACCGUCGAUCUCAGGGAAGCUUAUGUAGACCCAAGUCACAACCAGGAUGCCCAAAGAUACACAAAUGAGGCUAUAUGGCGACAUGGGACAUACAGCCACCAAUGUCAUCAUGACACCAUUCCGAGUGCAUCAAGAUCGAUUGGAUUUUUGGAUUGGGUCUAUUUGGGCCAAGUUUUGGAGUGUGUGCAUCAAAUGCAACUCCGUGGAAUCACUAACGGUCAAGGGAUUGCCGCGAAUUACUAUGCCGACAUUGUUCCCGUUAUAGUCAAGGACUAG